GUGGGAUCCUGAGCUGAGAAGGGCGUUACCAACUGUGGCUGUUCCAUCCCUUCCCCCUUGUGUCCCCAGUCCCUUGGCUGAUACAAAGGACAGCCAUGUUGUGGAAGCUGUCCUUGCUUGUAGGACUGAUUGUGCUAGGCACUCAUAUGUGGACCAUUGACAAAGGAUUUGUAGACAUUACUAAGGAUCUAGAUUAUUUUGUGGCAUCGGUGGAGUUUGCUGUGGCUCAGUUCAAUGACAAUAACCCAGAAGAGAACAUAUACAGGUUGCUGGAAGUUGGGAGAGCCCAGAAAAAGACAUGGACAAUGAUAUUUUUAAUGGAUUUGGAGAUGGGCCGCACAAUUUGUAAGAAACAUGAUGAAAACAUCCAUAAUUGCCCAUUGCUACAAGGCUCAGGAGAGAAAAAGGUGCACUGUGUUUUCCAAGUAGAUGCCCGACCUUGGUUUUCUCGAUUCUCCAUCCUGAAUAGUACCUGUGUGCCAACUAAGUGGGAGAGGGGCUCUGGCUACAUAUAGUAGUAUCCCUUCAUGAGAGUGUGACUAUCUGUAGUCCAAGGUCUACAAUGCAAUUAGAAGCAAUAUCCACAGCA